AUGGCAGCAUCCCUGGGCAGGAUGUUCACCAGGCAGCCUCCAGGUCCCCCGCCAGGGAUCCCAGGCCAGGCUUCGCUUCUGCAAGCAGCCCCUGGGGCUCCGAGACCGUCUAACAGCACUUUGGUGGACGAGCUGGAAUCCUCGUUCAAGGCUUGCUUUGCUUCCCUUGUGAGUCAGGAUUAUGUCAAUGGGACUGAUCAGGAGGAAAUUCGAACUGGUGUUGAUCAAUGUAUCCAGAAGUUUUUGGAUAUUGCAAGACAGACAGAAUGUUUUUUCUUACAAAAAAGGUUGCUGUCUGUCCAGAAACCAGAUCAAGUUAUCAAAGAGGAUGUCUCAGAACUAAGGAUUGAAUUGCAACGGAAAGAUGCACUGGUCCAGAAGCACUUGACAAAGCUGAGGCAUUGGCAGCAGGUGCUGGAAGACAUCAAUGUACAGCAGAAAAAGCCAGCUGAAAUCCCUCAGGGCUCCUUGGCCUACCUCGAGCAGGCACCUGCCAACAUUCCUGCAGCUCUGAAGCAGACCUAAGGGCUCAGGCCUGUGGUGCGGCCUUGCAGCCCUGCCAGACAUCUUUCCUUACAGAUGUGGCAUAUUGGAAGAACUCUGUUGGAAAAUGAGUGGAUGUUAGUCUAUGUCCCUAUCCCAUUUUUAUUAUUUAUAAAGUAGGACUUCAGUAUGAAGCUUGGGCUAGCCU